CUUGUACUUGUUUCCACCCGCCUCGACCAGCCGUAAGCCAUGCCCGAGUAUGUCUAUGCGAUGCAUGACUUCGUCCCGGAGCACGAGGACGAGAUCGCCUUUCGUGCCGGGGAGCCCAUCGAAAUCAUCGAGAAGGACGACCAGUACAGCGAUGGGUGGUGGCAGGGACGUAAUUUAGCUGGAAAGGUCGGCCUCUUCCCCAAGGAUUACACUGCGCCGCCUCCGCCUCCUCUCCCUGCCUCUGUUACUUCAGCCCAGCAAGCACCCGUUCAACCUCCUCCUGAGUCAACGCCUGCCCCACCGACCACGACCAACGGCCUCCAUACCCUCCGAGAAGAAACAGAGGCCGGCUCGAUGUACCACGGAAGCGACGCCGCAUCCCGCAUCGGCGUCGCCCUCGGCGAUCCCGUCGAGGAACAACGCAGCCAAGUCGGAGUGAUGCGAGCGACAAUGACCGACGUCCAGAAGGCGCUCGAGCAGCUCGGCCAGAACCGCGACCGGGACACGGACGGCGCCCGCAGCUUCUCGUUCGCGAGCACGCGGGACGGGGACACCGAUCCCUCGGACGCAGACGACGAUACGGACCACGAGGGCAACAGCACCUGGCACCGCGACCACCGCAGCAAGCUCGCGGAGAAUGCUCGUCUUAUUGUGGAGCAGCAGCAGGCGCAGGCGGCGGCGGAGGCGCGCUCGAAGGCGCCGCCUAUUGAGGUGGAGAUGAGCGAUGAGAGCGAGGCGGAGGAGGACGAGCCGUUUGAUCAUCUGUCGCCCAUCAUGCAGGACCGCGACCAUCCGCAUAUUCCGGAGGAGGACGAGGAAGAGGACGAGCGGCGGAGCUUUAGUGGUCUGGCGCGGUUGGCAGGGGUGUCGGGAUCAGGCGAGUCUAUCGCUAUCGCCGCGCCGCCUGCGGACGAGUCCCAGAUGCCGACGGUGACGGCUAUGCAGACGACGUUUCCCUCUCCGCCCCCGGUGAUCACAACGCCUCCUGUGCAAGACCCGCCCCAGCCCCAGGAGCCGUCCCUCCCCACGCCCACGUCUCCCAUCGAGCCUGUUCGGAACGCAAUCGCCGCCCCCGUUCCUGUUGCUGCUGCUGCUGCCCCUGCUGCGAUACCCCUGCCCCUCUCGCCCCCUGAGGCUGCUGCUCGUGUUACGCCGACUCCUCCCGCCGCUGCUCCAGUGACCCCUGUGGCUAACAAUAAUGUGCUUCCCUCGCCUUCGCCGUCGUCGCUGCGCACCGGCACCAGUCCGCAGCAGACGUCGAAACACACCAGCGUCGCAUCGUCCACCAGAAACUCGGAGUCUCAGCCACCCGCCACCGGCACGCCUGCUACUGAGGUGUCCACAAUCGUGUCCGCCGACAGCGGGACCAGGAAAGCCAGGACGCCUCCGUCGGAGUGGUCCGUCGAGGACGUCGUGGAUUGGUUGAAGAACAAGGGCUUCGGGCAGGACAUCUGUGACAAGUUUAUUGAACAAGAAAUCACAGGCGACGUCCUCCUCGAGCUCGACAUCAACCUGCUCAAAGCCGAGGUCGGCAUCCCCGCGCUCGGCAAGCGCAUGCGCAUCGCGAACGCCAUCGCGGAGCUGCGCCGUCCGCCGUCCAUCGUGUUCCCCGACGACGAGCGCUCCGCGAGCGGCGCGCAGAUCAUCUCGGCGACGCCGUCGUCGCUCUCGCAGCCGUCGUCGCGCCCGUAUUCGCACUCGCAUCAUAGCUCGGUGCAGCAUAGUUUGAACAGCCCGAUAUACCCUACGCAUAUGGCUGCUGCUCUCGCGCAGCAGCAGCAGCAGCAGCAACAGCAACAGCAGGGGCAGCAGCAGAGCAUGAGCCAGCCGAACUCGGCGACGUUCCUCUCGACGGACAACGAGUCGGCGUAUGGGCGGGCGUCGAGCUUCAGCAUGAGCAGGCCGGGCGGGCUGGGGCUCGGUUUGGUCGGGGUGCCGGGGCAGCUUGGGCCGUCGCCUAGCGAGAGCGCGUUGCAGGUCGGGUCUACGGACGAGGACCGCGGUGCGAUGAGCGAUGGCGAGACGGCUACGACCGCGGCGAAACAGCGUCGGCGCUUGUUUGGGCGGUCUAUGGAGUCUACGUCGUCGACGAAUUCCAAGACGAAGGAGAAGGAGCGGGACAAGGACAAGGACAAGGACAAGGAGAAGGAAAGGGAGAGGGAUAGUAGCAAGGACGACGCGCCGUCGAUCUCGCCCGCGCCGCGCCCGCGCAAGCGGCAGUCGCUCGACGACGCGAGCAUCUCGAGCCGGCACCGGAAGAAGACGAGUAUGGACGGGAACAAGGGCUCGGAACGGCUGAGCAUGUUUGGGCACUUCUCAGGGAGCCUCGGCAAGGGGAACAGAAAGCCGCCGCCUCGCGUCACUUCCGGCCUGCUCGAAGACGGAAGCCCCGAAAAAUCGAGCCGCAGCAUCUCGCGGCUGGUCGGCGGCGGGGGCAAGAAGUCGUCGGGCCGCCCGACGACGUCGGACGGCACGAGCUCGCGCUCGAACCUCCUCCACAGCUUCACGCACCCAAACCAGCAGAGCAAGGAGCGCAAGGAGAAGACGGGGUCCAAGAGCUCCGAGAAGGAUCUGCUCAGCGUCGGCGGCGGCGGCGACAGGGCGCGGCCCGAGGUGCUGCGCAAGCGCUCGGGAUCCCCGCAGAGCGCGGGCGGGCCGCGGUCGCCGGGGCUCGCUGGGAAUGGGAAUGGGAAUGGGGCUUCCUCUGUGGGCGGUGCUGCGAACGGCGGGGCGGGCGCUGUGAAGCCGGGCAGGAGCAUUUUGGAGCAGAUUGGGGCGCCGGAUCAUCAGGGGUGGUUGAGGAAGAAGGGGGAUUCGUAUAAUGUGUGGAAGACGCGGUAUUUGGUUAUCAAGGGGACGCAUCUGUAUGUGCUCCGGAGCAAUGCGAAGGCGGAGACGAAAAUCAAGGGGUACAUCAAUAUCGUGGGCUAUAGGGUCAUUGCGGACGAGAACAUCGACCCGGGGCGUUAUGGUUUCCGGAUUGUGCAUGACACGGACAAGACGCAUUUCUUCAGCUCGGAGGAGCAGCUUGUCAUUCGUGAGUGGAUGAAAUCCAUCAUGAAGGCUACGAUUGGUCGGGAUUACUCGAGACCUGUCGUGUCCUCCGUCAACAUCCCCACUAUACCCCUCGCAGUCGCACAAACCAUGAACCCGGCGCCUCGUCCACCGUCGCCCUCGGCCCGCGCCGCGACCCAGAAGGCGCUCCGGCGCGAGAAUCCCAACCAGCUCUCCACGCGCGACGCCAGGGUCCUGAUGGGCAUCGGCGAAGGCACGCCGACUCCCGUUGAUAAUGUGCCGUCGGGCAGGUCACGCGAGCGCGUGAACUCGAUCUUUUCACAGAGCGAGGAGGCCGAGCCGCUCACGCCGAUGACGGCCGUCACGCGGAAGACGUCGACGCGGAGCAACGCACCGCCGAGGCCGUCGAGGGAGAUGCGGCGGAUGUCGACGACUCCGAGUGAACAGUCAUCGCAUACCCUCUCCGUGAACCCGGGCCUGAUCGAAUGGGCGAACGCGUGGCUGCCCCAAUCGCUACAAGUCACGGACCCAAGCACACAGCUAUACGACGGGCUCGCGCUCCUGCGGCUCGCCGAAGCCGUCGUCGGGAAGCCGAGCUCGCCGCCCGUGCCGGACAGCGCGUUCCCAAAGGGGCCGAACGACGACAAGCUCGACGGGCUGUUCCGGCUGUUCGAUUUCUUGCUCGACAACGACGUGAAGAUGGGGAGCGUGAGCAUCAACGACGUGCGCUCGGGGAAGCGCGACAAGGUCGUGCAGCUGCUCAAGGCGCUCAAGGUGUGGGAGGAGAAGCGGCGGGAGGUGUUGCGCUCGAUUGGGGGCGGGACGGUGCAGGCGGGGCCGUUUAUGGCUGCGCCGGUUGGGAUGGGGGUGGGGGCGUGGAGGAUGUAGAUGCUGGGGUGAUUUUUUGUGUUUUCUUUUUUCUUUUACUUCUUUCUUUCUUUUUGAUCUUAGGUUUCGCUUUAGUGGAAUUGUGCGAGCUGUUCUAUGGACUCGACCACACACACUCCUUGUCUUUUCUGCUUUCCCCCCUCGCAACUUUUACUUGCUUCUUCUUUUCUUUUUAUUUUCUUGACGUCUGCUUCUCCCGCAUCUAAUAUAUGCUCUUUCUGCUCAUGAUUAUCAUACUGACAUACGUACGCAUAUCUUUUACCACUUAGCCGACGCGGAGCACUUGUUGCAUCUACCCGCUGCUUACACCCUCCUUAUUAUACGUUGUUCCAUUUUUAU